AUGUCUGUCCUCCGGAAGUUGUCCAAGCAGAUACAUACCAAUGGAAGUGACACCAAGCUCAGCGGAGACGUCUCUCCUACUACCUCUCAAAGUCCGGGUCCUCACCGCCGAUCCCUCGCUCAAUUUCUCCAUCUCGGUGACAAGGACUACACCUCCAGCGACAAUGAGUCUGAUAUGAGCGAGUUUGAUAGCGAUGGCAUCAGCAAGAAUGCACAGAAAAGAGCAAAGACAAAGCAGAGAAAGAGAGACCAUCGAUCCCGUUUGAGUCUUGAGCAUCGUGAUGACUCUGAGGAACGUGCCAAAGCGAGACUCGAAGAAGCCGCAAAGACCGAGACUGAUGACAUGAAAGCCCGCUAUGGUGAUCUGCCUCUAAUGCAGUCCACUUCUCGCGGUGCGACGCAACGCCUGGAUAUCAGUACCAUCACUGAAGACCAGGUUGGUAAGGAGGUCCAGUUUCGUUGCAGGCUGCAUCACGUCCGGAAUAUGGGUGCGAAGCUCGUCUUCUUGAUCUUCCGACAGCAAAUCUCAACAAUUCAGGGCGUCCUGGUUGAGGAACCUGGUAAAGUCUCAGCCCUGAUGAUUCACUGGGCUGAGCAUUUGCGCACUGGCAAUAUUUUAUUGGUUACGGGAGUCCUUCAAAAACCGCAAAUCCCCAUCAAGUCAGCCUCCAUACACACAGUAGAGGUGAAGGUGUCGGAUCUCCAUGUUAUAGUUAAGCGCGCAGAACCUGUUCCCUUUUCCGUUCAAGAGGCGGAAUUGACCAUUCUCGAUGAUGAUCAAAAGGUUGACGGUCGUCAAAGUGUCAUCCCGGACCGUGUCAGACUGUCGAACCGCAUCAUGGACUUGCGAACUGCUCCUUCCCAAUCCAUCUUCCGUAUCCAGGCGGGUGUAGGAAACAUGUUUCGCUCUGCGCUUGAUGACGAGCGUUUCGUCGAAAUCCAUUCUCCGAAGCUUCAGGGUGCUGCUACAGAAUCUGGCGCAUCAGUCUUCAAAGUCAACUACUUUGGCAGGUCCGCUUUCUUGGCUCAAUCUCCUCAGCUCGCGAAGCAGAUGGCGAUUGCAUCGGACUUCGAGCGCGUCUACGAGAUUGGUGCGGUUUUUCGGGCGGAGAACUCAAACACCCAUCGUCAUUUGACUGAGUAUACUGGACUUGACCUCGAAAUGUCGAUUGAGGAACACUAUCACGAAAUGAUGGAUGUCAUUGAUACUGUUCUGAAGAAGAUUUUCCAUGGCAUUUACACAAAAUACCGCACAGAAGUUGAGUUGAUCAAGCAACAGUUUCCUAGCGAGGACCUCGUCUGGCUGGAAGAAACUCCAAGAAUUCCCUUUGUAGAAGCUGUCAAGCUCUUGAAUGAUUCAGGUUGGUUGAACGAAGAGGGUGAGCCCAUUUCACCCUUGGAGGAUUUCGGCACACGAGAUGAAAUUCGCGUUGGUGAACUAAUCAAAGAAAAGUACAAGACUGAUUACUACAUCUUGGAUAAAUUCCCUCGAUCGGCCCGACCCUUCUACACCAUGCCAGAUGCUAAGGAUCCCAGAUACACCAAUUCUUUUGACGUGUUUGUACGUGGCCAAGAAAUCAUUUCGGGUGGUCAACGUAUUCACGAAUCCAAGAUGCUGGAAGAAAACAUGCGGCUGGUGGGCAUUGAUCCUGAGGACAUGGCCGAAUACAUGGAAGGCUUCAGAUGGGGUGCCCCCCCUCAUGCUGGGUGCGGCGUCGGCCUGGAACGUAUUGUCAUGCUCAUUCUCAAGCUGGGUAACAUCCGCCUUGCCUCUUUGUUCCACAGAGAUCCAAAGUCUUUCCCAGCAAAGCCCAUCGUCGAAAAGCUGCGGCACCCUGAGGCUGAUACACUGAAUCCUUUGUGGCGUCAAGAGCGCGGCCGUGAAGUGGCGGUCGAGGAUCGGAAAAUGCCUGAUCUUUACGACCUUGUGGCCAAUUAUGGUGAUGCAACCGCAACAUCAUGGGGUGAUGAGCGCUACAAGAUAUGGCGUCAUGCAGAUACUGGCGCUGCUGUUUCUUAUGUUGUAGAAGGUCACUACGCUAUUCUGCCAGGUGAUCCACUCUGCGACCCAAGCCAGUACUAUCGCGUUAUCGUGUCGUUCCUUCAAUGGCUUAAGAAGGAGACUCACCUCAAACCUCUGUGGCUUUUGAUAAGCCCUGAGAUGGAGGAAGUUUUAGGUGAACGCCUCGGUUGGAAGACUCUCUCGUGCGUCGCUGAGGAGCGUGUGGAUCCACACAAAAAGACUGCUGAAUCAGACCCAGAGGUGGCCAAGAAAAUCCGCAAAGCUCAAAGUGACGGGGUGAAACUCACCGAUCUUGACCACAAUCUUCCUGUCCCAGACAGUAUCAAAGAUCGAGCAAAUGCUCGAGUGAAAGAUUGGUUGUCAAAUCGCAAGGGCACUCAAAUACAUCUUUCCAAUAUUGACCUUUUCCGUGACGAGAAGCACAGACGCUACACUAUCGCCGAGGACAGGGAUGGCACCCUCGUCGGAAUUGCUGUCAUGGCUGAACUUGCUCCUCGCAAGGGCUGGCAAGCAAAAUAUACGCUUGACUUCCCAGGAGCGCCGUCCGGAACGAUCGAAUACCUCACCACUCAUGCACUGACUGUCGCUGCCAAUGCUGGCGUCAAAACUGUUACAUUCGGUGGUGGAGCGGCAACACAUUUAACGCCAGGCCAUCACAUGAGUGGUGCCAAGGUCAAAGUGCUCCAAGCUACGUACGAUGCUAUUGUCAAGCAAUUCAAUUUGGCAAGAAAAUCCGAAUUUAGAGAGAAGAUGGGAGCGGUUGCAGAUCCCAUUUGGAUUGCGUAUCCCCCUCAUGGCCUUGGUUCUAGAGGUAUCAAGGCAAUCAUGCGGUAA